AUGUUGUACGAAGCAUCUUCUUUAGCUACUCUAGUGCAAAAAUGCACAACCGUUACCUCACUGAGACGAGCGCGUCAGAUCCACGCUCUGCUGCUCACCACCAUGACAGCCGUCUGGCAAUCACCUUUCUUGUACAACAAUAUCAUGUCCAUGUACGGAAGAUGUGGUUCAGUGGAGGAUGCACGGAAGGUGUUCGAGAAAAUGCCUCAAAGAAAUGUUAUAUCUUUCAACGCACUCAUUUCGGCCUGUUCACGUGCCCCAGAUCAUGCUGUCACGGCCUUGAGAAUGAGUACCCAAAUGGGGUUUGAAUGUGUUAGAGCUAAUGGCUCCACCUUCACUAGCUUACUUCAAGCUUCUUCUCUGCUUGAAGAUUGGUUCAUUGGGUCUUUGCUUCAUGCCCAAGUUGUGAAAUUUGGUUACUUAAAUGACCAACGUGUUCAAACCUCUCUACUUGGUAUGUACUCAAAUUGUGGGGACUUAAAAUCCGCAAGAAAAGUUUUUGGGUGGCUAGUUGAUAAAGAUGUUAUUGCUUGGAACUCUAUUAUUUAUGGGAGUUUGAAGAAUGAUAUGGUGAAUGAAGGUCUUCAAAUCUUUGAUGAUAUGCUGAGAACUGGAGUUGCUCCUACUCAGUUCACUUAUGCAAUGGUUUUAAAGGUAUGUAGCAGAUUAGGUGAUUAUCAACUUGGGCAAAUUACUCAUGCCCGGUUCAUUGUUUCGAACUCGGAAGCUGAUUUGACUUUGCAGAAUGCUUUGCUUGACAUGUAUUGCAAUUGUGGUGACAUUGAAACAGCAUUUGUUCUGUUUAAGAAAAUGGAAAACAAAGAUUUGGUUUCAUGGAACACAAUGAUUUCUGGUUACACAGAAAAUGGGGAUGGUGAAAAGGCUAUGUAUAUGUUUGUCCAGUUAAAGGCUACUUCAUUUAUUAAACCUGAUGAGUACACUUUUGCAGCUGUUGUUUCUGCAACAGCCGGAUGCUUAGCCUGCGGCUGUGGGAAACCUCUUCACGCCGAAGUCAUCAAAACAGGAAUUGAGAAGAGUGUUUUUGUUGGGAGUACACUUGUGUCAAUGUAUUUCAAAAAUGUUGAACCUGAAUCUGCUGAGAAAGUAUUUCAUUCAAUCUCAGAGAAAGAUGUUGUUCUCUGGACUGAGAUGAUCACAAGUAAUGCUAGAUUGGAUGAAGGGAACAAUGCAAUUAAAUUUUAUUGCGAAAUGUGUCAACAAGGACACAAGGUUGAUAGCUUUGCUCUCAGUGGAGCUUUGAGUGCAUGUGCUGACCUUACAAUUUUGAAACAAGGUGAGAUGAUUCAUUCCCAGGCCAUAAAAACAGGAUAUGAAGCCGAAAUGUCUGUUUGUGGAAGCCUGGUAGAUAUGUAUGCCAAAAAUGGAAGCAUCAAAGCUGCAUGUUCAGUAUUUUCUCAAGCAGUGAAUCCUGACUUGAAGUGUUGGAACUCCAUGCUUGGAGGAUUUAGUCACCACGGAAUGGCAAAGGAGGCGCUAGAGAUUUUCGAUGAGAUUCAAAAACAUGGCAUGAACCCGGAUCAAGUAACGUUUCUGUCUCUCCUCUCAGCGUGCAACCACAGUGGAUUGACCGAAAAUGGGAAGUUUUUGUGGACCUAUAUGCAGCAAAAGGGCAUCAUGCCGGGGCCUAAACAUUAUUGUUGCAUGGUUAGUUUGUUAAGCAGAGCUGGAUUGUUAGACGAGGCAAUGGAAAUUAUUAUGAAAUCACCAUUUAGUGAAAAUGGUGUUGAGUUGUGGAGAAGCUUGUUAAGUUCAUGCGUGAUUAAGAAAAAUCUGAGUAUUGGAAUUCAUGCUGCAGAGCAGGUUUUGAAAUUUGAUGCAGAAGACAGUGCUACACAUAUUUUGCUAUCAAAUCUUUAUGCAGCCACAGGAGAGUGGAAUGGUGUUUCUGAAAUGAGGAGAAAAAUAAAAGGAAUGGUGCUAGAAAAAGACCCUGGAUUGAGUUGGUUGGAAGCCAAGAAUAAUAUUCAGGUUUUCUUUUCUGGUAUUCAAUCACAGCCAGAGGUUAUGGAAGCUCAAAUUGCAUUGCUUAGACUACAAGGAAACAUGAUAAAAACUGAAAGAGAUGCAUUUGAUUAGGGAAUGAAAUUUGACAUGUGGGUAUGGGUCCCGUGAGCGGUAAUAGGGACAAUUUUCUAUCCCAGAAUAUUAAACGGUGCAGGAAUGGAGAUAAUACUCCCGCCCUGAUGGGGACGUUUAAUUUUUUAUUUAUUUUAUAAUAUUAUUAUUAAUUAUUAUACACAAUGUGUUUUUGAAGUUUAUUAGUAAAUUUUUAUAUUUAUUUUA